CACAUUGUGCUGAGACGAAGUUGGCCGCAACUGAAUAUCUUAGUGAGGUACAUAAGGCAGAAGGAGGAACCCACAAUUCUCGAUGCAGCCUCGUCAAUACCAUCGUCUUCAGAGAGGGCGUAAGCGGGUGUCUCGCAGCGGGUAUUCUCAUUAUCGAGGCGAGCAGAUGACGCUCCAUGGGCAACGUCGUGCUCGUGGAUGAUAUCAUCGUCUUGGGAAGAAGCAGCAGUAGUAGUCUCUCUGUAGACUUUCGCCUUACGCGUCUGUGGGUGCGUCAGUCAAGAGCUUGCAAGGUACAAAGACACUCUCACCGCCUCAUUCACCACCUUCGCGUGGGGCUGGCAGAUAGUCAAGGCAAUCUAAUGUCCAUGAGCUCGUCCCAGCACAGGGACAGCCAAAUCCAACUUGUGGAUGACCGUCUGGAGCUUCCCAACGCUGCGGUGACGCCAUGUGACCAUCCUGCCUUGCGCAUCGACCACAAUCUAGUGAGUGUCCAUCAGGUACCGUACAUGUGCCGUGAUGUUGAUCCAUGUGGCGUCGCGCAAUGGCGUUCGCGGCCAGAGUCCCAUUGCGAGUCGUAGUGUCUUUGUAGAGGAACUAUCGGUUCUAGAGACGCUAUGCAACGUGCGCUUGGAUCUUAAUGUAUAUCGAUACGCUCAAUCGAUCCUGCGAGCCUGGUGUAGUCUUCCAGACUGUCGGUGGGAGAUCCCUCUUC